UGUGUAUCUCGUCACCGCAGCACUUUUGUACCGUGUGUUGGCGGGUGUGUAUAAAAUAUUAAAAUGAUUAAUUAAUGUCUACCUCAGAGUGCGAAUAAACAUGACAACCGGGACGUUCUGCUGAUAUGACAGAAAUUAUGAAGGUUUAAAUAUGGAAGCCUGAGAUGGACCAAACUCGCAAACGGAGACUGAAUAACAGAAAACCUGGGCUUUCUCAGUGUAAAGUAGCGAGAGCAGAAGAACCCGAGGACAUUUCUGAGAGCAGAGAUGUUAACGUUACAGAGCCUGCAGGAUCAAACUUCAGCUCCAUCAGAGCCUCCAGCCCUCAGUCUGACAGCACCAGUCAAGAGCAACAUGCUGCAUGUACACAAACAUCAGAAGAUGAUGCUGAGAACAACUUGAUCAUCACAUUUGAUAAGGAACAAGCUGGAACCCGUGGGAUGGGGCGAAGGAAAGGCUUGAGAAGGAAAAAAGACGCCAUCAAUGAAGUAGAAGCUCAGCAGAAUGAAGUGGAAGAUGAAAUCCAGCCGGAGGUGGAGAUUGACCGAGAGCUGGACCGAGAACUGGAGAAUAAAUCCAGACAACAUAACUUAACUUCUGCAAAUGUUCGAAGCAUUAUUCAUGAAGUGAUUACCAAUGAGCACGUCGUGGCAAUGAUGAAAGCUGCUAUCAGUGAAACUGAACCCAUUCCUGUGUUUGAACCCAAGAUGACUCGCUCUAAACUGAAAGAGGUUGUGGAAAAAGGAGUUGUCAUUCCCACUUGGAAUAUUUCACCAAUUAAGAAGCCAACAGAAGCAAAGAAGGGGCCCCAGUUUGUGGAUAUUCCAUUAGAAGAGGAGGACUCUUCUGAUGAAGAGUAUCGGCCUGAUGAAGAGGAGGAGGAUGAGACAGCUGAGGAGACUCUUCUGGAAAGUGACUUGGAAAACUCCUCAUCUUCUCCACGGGUGAGUCGAGUACAAAGAUCACACUCUGAAUCUGAGGAUGGAGCCAGUAGAUCCAGACUGAACCUUUGCCGAUCCAGACACCUGACAGUGGCUGCCACACCAAUGGGGCCCCCGCCGCCACCGGACACCUCCAGGGCUCCACCAGAGUGCAGUUUCUUAGAGAAACUCCAUGCUGUGGAUGAAGAGCUGGCCUUUGGAACUGACUGCAUGGACUCAUAUCAGAGUCUCGGUGGUGCAAGUGGAGAAGAGAGUUUGAUUUCCUUCCGCACGCGAUCAAAGCGUCCACUGAGAGACGUCCCUCUGGGUCGCCUGGAGGCGGAGCUACGGGCUCCUGACAUCACUCCUGACAUGUAUGAGUUUGGCUCCGCCCCUGAGGACAGAGAAUGGACACAGUGGCUGCAGGGCCUUAUGAUCUCAGAUAUGGACAAUGAUGAGGAGGGUGAUGAUGAAGACGACCCCGAGUACAAUUUUCUGGCUGACAUUGAUGAGCCUGAUGUGGAGGACUACAGGAAUGACAAGGCAGUGCGCAUCACCAAAAAGGAAGUCAAUGACUUGAUGGAGGAACUCUUUGAUGCGUUUCAGGAUGAAUUAGGAGGUCAAGACGACGAAGGACAUGAAGAAGAGGAGGAAAAAGAGGAAGAGGAAAGUCCCCUGCAGGAGCCGCCUGGCAUUCUGGAGAACAUUCAAUAUGAGGACCCAUUAGCUGAUGUGUUGAAGCAGCGUUAUCGGACCGUGCGUGAGCAGCUGGCAGCUGUGAGGAAACGGAAAGCUCUGCUGGAGAGUAAAGGAGUGUCUGUACCUCCAGCCUGCCCUCAGCGGUCCUCCAGCCCCAUAACAUCCAUGACCCUGAAUGCAGCUCAGAGACUACAGCUACAGCAGCAGAUCCAGCAGCAUGUGCAGCUCCUCACGCAGGUGAACAUGUUGAGCAGUACAGUCAAGGGUCUGGAAACCGAGGCUUCAACAAGCAGACAGUUUUUGUUGGAGCUGCAGAUGUUUGGUCAGCGUGGAGAACACAACUGCGGACGUGCAGAGCAUGGCUUCUUCACCAGCAUCUUCAAUGCCUGCAACCUACAGGGUGCUGUUUCUCUGCUGGAGGAACUAGAUCAGUCACUCAAAGGAGAUCCUGCAGUCUUGAGUCCAUGUUUACCUGGAUGUCAGUUUCCUGCUUCACUGGCCUGGUUGAUGGCAACUCGCUCUGUGUUUCUUUACCCAGAGCUACUUCCUACAAUCCAGCUGCGUCCGUCUAAAUUCAAAGGGCCGUUCACCUCAGCAGAAGACUGUCUUGUUGUUCUAGGUCAUAAGCACUUAAGAGGUACCCUACACCCCCUGCAGAUGACUUGUCGUUAUUUGCUUGCUACAAGGAGUUUUAUCAGUGUAAAAUCACACAUUCGUGAUGCAUGUCAGAAGCCUUUUCCUAGUGUCAUCAAGACGUACUUCAUGGCAGGAAAAUGCCCCUCCAUGCCCUUGGCCAGUAAGAGGGUCAGUCCCUGUGACCAACGCCCCCCAGUAGAAAGAGAACAGAGUCUCAUGCCUGAUUGGCUCUCAAAAAACCUUAAGUGCAUUUAUAAGCAUGUAAGAACAUAUAACCAGGCAUCUGGAAACCCCCAGACCACCGAAGCCACUGAUCCUGCAGGUCCAGGACCACACUUUUGCUUUCCUCCAGGCAUGCGUUACCCUCUCAGUCUCCCUGAAGACCUUGCUCAGACCCUUGAAGCUUCAGCUCUGAGUGCCUUCAAAAAGAAAAAAGACAAAACUGAUAAAUCUGCUAAGCCUUUAAAACCUCCCCCAUCUGCUGAAAAGCUGGAGUUGGUUCUUAACCAGUUACCAGCCAUUUUACCAAAAACCCUGUCGCUUUCCAGACCUCAACCAAAUCCAUGCUUGCCUGGAAAUAGAGCUAUCACUGGCCCAUUCAUACUGUCCAGAGUUCCUCCAGUGGGAUCGAAACAAGCUAGAGCGAUUGCCACUUCACCAAAUAUUUCAACCACUUUUAAACCAAGCUCUUCAACGUCUGCUCCUGUAAAAAAUGCUGUAGAAACACCAAUGGGCAUCUCUUGCUCUGCAGCCCAGAGGGACAUAAUCAUCACCUUACCUGCUGCUGUGACACCAGAGCUCAAGUCUUAUCCUUCUGGGCAUAUAACUGUGAAUCAAACACAAAUAGUCACCUCUAAUGUUGUUGAACCAGCCGUCCCAAGAGCUUCAAACCUCAUCAUUAGUUUUCAGCCGCCUCAAGUCGCCAACACCUUUAUAUGUCCCACUCCCAUCAUAAACACAAAUGUCCAGAUGCCUCAAAAUCACAUUAGUCAGCGCUGUGGCACUCUGCCUAAACUUCUACCAAAGGUCUCUGGUGGUCUAGCGCAAGUCUGUCCAAAACCUGUAAAUCGAUUUGUUCUUCUCCCUUCAGGAAAUGUGUUUGCAAACAGCAGUUUUGGCCAUCAGAGAGCUGGUCAAGAACAAACCUUAAAACAGUCAUCAGCUCUGAAAUGCAAACAUGUGAAACUCAUGAGGCAACAGACAUCGCAAGACAGUUUGCACAGCGCUGAUCGACUAAAAGGAGAUCAAUCACAGAUGUCCUUCAUUCAGGAGACUCCUAAUGAUGGCUUUGAAGAAACGGCAGAAGCAGAGUUAAAUGAUGAUGAUGAUGAUGAUGAUGGAGGAAUAGUUGAGAAUGAGGAGGAAGAACGUGGUAAGAUCGACUCCAUAGAGAUGUCUCUCACACUUUCUGAAUCCUCUGGGAGCCCGAUGCCUAGUAUAGAUGGGGAAGAUGCUGAGAUGGAGAUGGAGAAACCAGAGGAACAGAAAGAAAAAGAGCAGGAAGGCUGUAACAGGCUGUUUGGGGAUGAGGAAACAGGUGGAGCUGAUAAUGUUUCCGGUGUCCGGUUGGUACCAGAACUCCAGGAAACCAUGGAGAAAUUCUUACAUCUGGCUACAAAGACAGUAUCUGAAAAGGAAGGACGUUCAAAUAUUAAAUCAAAGCAUCAACCUUCAGGUUCCUACUGGACUCAGACUGAAAGAAAGACAGUCCUUCACAAUGAUGCAUCUGACCACGAUCCCUACAGGGAUGCUAAAGAUAUUGCCUUUGCCCAAGCAUACCUGGAGAAGGUGUAUGAGGUGCUGCAUCAGGUGCCAGGCAAGGUGGAUGAGUUUUUGUGCAUUCUGUCUGAUUUCGUGAAAAAUCCAGAAAGUCACACGUCACUCCAGCUGCUGAUGAGACUCAAGCCUAUUCUGGAGGACUGGCCUGAACUGCUUCAGGAUUUUGCUGCCUUUCUGCAUCCAGAUCAAGCCCGAGAGUGCGGCCUGCUGGCAGAGCAGCAGGCGUUUGAGCGCAGCAGAGGGUUUCUCCGCCAGCUGGAGAGCACUUUUGGAGAGCAGUCAUAUCUCUACAGAAAGGUGGUGCACAUUCUACAAGGGGAUCAGUCACAGGGUCUCGCUGAUUUAAAAGAGAUAAAGGCUGAAAUGGCAUUGCUGCUCCGUGAUCACACUGACUUGCUGGAGGAAUUCUGGGAAUAUUUUAAACAGAUAUACCCUCAAGUGCAAGAAAAUGUGGAAACAAAUCAAGUCCUGGAAGAAAAACAGCCGUCUCAGCCUAGCAGAAAUAUGUUAGCGGAUAAAAAACUGGAGACAGACAAAACAUCAAUUAAACAUAGAAGAAAAACAAACAAACAUGCUCAGAUGGCAGAAAUGAGAAGGAACAAGGUCAAGAAUAGCAGUGCAAUGUUGGAUAAGGAUUCUGAAGCUUCUUUGGGGGACAGUCAACAGUCUUUAUUUAAUGCCACAGGAAGCUCUGUUUGUGCCAAAAAUAUCUCUCACACAUCAGCUGGGAAAAAAGUAGUCCUCUGGACAAGGGAGGCAGACCGUGUAAUAUUGACCACCUGUCAGCAAAGAGGAGCCAAGCAGACCACAUUUCAUGCCAUUGCAGCUCAGCUUGGCAACAAAACAGCCAGCGAGGUUUCAGAGCGAUUUCAAGAUCUCAUUAAGCUGUUUCACAAAUCCAGCAAGUUACAUCACACACCAGACAAUUGGACACAGUGAUCCAGUCCAGUAUGAUUGAAGAUUAUCUAGACUGAAAUUAAAAUUGUGAAAGAACUUGAUAAAAAGUUGAUGAAAAGACAGUGGGUGCAGGCUGGACCUGCCGCCUGAACUGAUAGAUGAACAGUAUAACACAUCAAAUUACAAUUCCUAAAGUACUUGAACAUGUAGUAUUACAAAUGUAUGAAGUCAGACAUGUUUAAACUGUAGGAGGACAUUUUUCAACAGGAUAUAUUUUUCCUACGUCAACAAAAAGAACCAUUUAUAAUGCCAUAAAUGACCAUGAACUGUCUUAAUUUAAUUCAUAACCUUAUGAAUUAACAAUUGUAUAAAGGGCUCACGUGUGAUUUUGUGAAAGAGUAACACAAAUAAAUUAUUUAAUUGUUUAUUGUUA